UGAAAACUUCCAGCAGCUCGCAGCAGACAGCACCAGCUUUUUGCUCCAGGAUGGACGUCAACAGGAGACUUGGUUUGAGAGACACCGUGCUGGCGCUCUUCCUCGCUGUGCUCCAGGGAGUUCCUCUCGGGGAAACGGCUCCGAAUCCAUCACCGCUGGUUGGAUCCAACUGGGGCAACCCGAGAAGAUACAUCCACCUGCAGACAUCCACCGACCUCAACAACUUCUACUUGGAGAUCAGACCGGAUGGCACUGUGCGCAAAACCACCAUCAGGAGUUCAUAUAGUGUGAUUUUGCUGAAAGCUGAAACAAGAGAGCGCAUCGCCAUCCUCGGAGUCAAAAGUAGCCGUUACCUGUGUAUGGAUUUGGAGGGCAACCCAUUCAGCUCACCCACCUGCCUCAGAGACGACUGCCUCUUCAACCACAAACUUCUGGAGAACAACCGGGACGUGUACUACUCCUGCCGAACCGGCAUCCUCUUCAACCUGGAGGGCUCCCGGCAGGUGUUCUCAGCUGGCCAGAACCUUCCGCAGACCUCCAUCUUCCUCCCCAGAAAGAACACGGUACCACUGGAGCGCCUCCUGCUCAGGGAGAAAAGGAACCAGGUGGUGGAUCCCUCCGACCCGCAAAAUGCCUUCAUCGCUCGCGCAGAGGAGGGCUCGGACUCCCGGGCUGUACCGGAGGACGACACAGACCUGGAGCUGGAGCUGGAGGUGGAAGUGGAGUUCGAGGCCGGGGACGAUGGACGCAACGUGUCCAGGGAGACGCCGGUGGCUCCACCCGCCCACGACCCCUGGAACGUGCACUCGUCAAACCCUGCGAGCCCACGGAGCUCCGGAACCAUGGGCUGAUUAUAGAUACGACUGAUAUGGUGUCAGUGAACGAAGUCUGAGUAAAUCCAAGUUGUAGCCAUCUUUGUAGUUUUAUAGUAAAUGAGGGGAAAAGGGUAUUUUAUCAGACUUAAUUUUAAAAACUGAAAGGAGAGCAUUCAGGUAUUUCUUUCUCUUCAUUCUGUAUGAAUGAUGUACUUUAUUGUCAUCGCCCAUUCACCAAAAACAGUGUUUGUACAUUAUAUGUAGAAGAAUUCUAGACUUGACUUGCCCAUUUUUGCACA